GGCUGUUUGUCACUACUUCUUUAUUCAGUUUAUGUUCAAACUGCAGUGGGCAAGCGAGAAACUAGUCAACUAUGGAAGUACAACAGCUUUGUUCGAAAGAGUUGCCUUAUUCAAUAUUCAAUCUGUCAAAUUCCAGAAUAUCUCGCGUCUUUUUUGCGCGUGAUAACGCGUAGCUUAAAUAAAUUGGUGGCGUAUGACACCUUUGACUGCAAUGUAAAAAAGAAGAAAAAAAGAAACUCUCCAUCUCAUUCAUCCAUUAUAAUACCAACAUCCGUUACUGUCGGAAUAUCAAUCAAUAAUCAUUAUGGAAGAUUCACCUCGGGAAAAAUUCAUCUCUAGCCAAGAAAUCCUCUCCACCAUUAAUUGGGAAGAUGUUCUUCAAAAUCAUGAAGCCUCAUUGGAGGCCAUUUCCUUAUUCAACACACAUAUGGACAUUCUGUUGAAAGCAUUGAUGGACAUCAACAUGAAAAAGUUCUCACGGUUCCUGAAGGAUGCAGUAUUGGCAGUUGCACGACCUAUCAAGACUUUACAUCGAAUUCGAGAGUUCAUUGCUGCAGAACCAAAUUCAAAAAUGGCACAGAGUAUUCAGGAAAGUCAACAAUCCAUCGACACAUUUGAAGAACAGAUUUCCUGUAAAGUCUAUGAAUUAGUCUCCAAGGUCGUAGAGUCAUGGGGCGAUCAACAGAGAUUCGAGUUACGCCUAAGCCCGGAGCCCCAGAAUGAGUUAAACAAUCAACAUUAUCUACUGGUUUAUCUUAUUUUGUUACUCCUUCAUGAUUGGGUCGCACCUGAAGAAAUGGAAGCUGCUUCAACAUAUUUCGAGUAUGCGAAUCCAAAAUACAAAAAGUUUUCACCACGCGGACCAAGUGCUCCUCCUACGCCAAAGAAAGAUGCCAAAGUCACUUUGCGUCAUCUCCAACGCAUGAUGGAGCUCUGUACGAAAUGUCAUCUGUCGAUUGAGGCCUUGUUGGUCUGGAAGCCAAUGCUCGUAUUCUCAACAGGAGCAGACGAGAAUGACGACAGUUUUGAUGAAGAAGCACUCGUAGAAGACAACUAUCCACUUUCAGAGACUGGGAUCACCACUCUAGUGUCGGGCAUGAUCUAUGCCAUGACCAACCCUACUCUACUCCCUAGCUCCUUUACACUCCCAUUAACUCUUGCUCAGAACUGGGUCUUUACAACGGCAGGAGGCGUAGCCAGUGGGUUUUUGAGCAGUGAUGAAUCCCAGCUGCCAAUAGCUGAUAAGGCUCUUCUCGUUUUACUCUAUGCAAUCGACAGGACCCCUCUGGAUGGAUUUCAGAUGGGAGCAUUGGAUUACUGCACCAAAGAUAGUUCUAUGGAUCGGAUGGGUCUCUUCCAGAUCUUUCAGGUCAUGGUCUCCUUUGCAGCAACUUGUCCAUCUUCUAACCACCGAUUCUUCUGUUUUCAUGGCUUGGACCGAUUGAUCCAAGCUUGUGAAGAUGAUGUAAAGCUGUAUCUGUUGGAGCAGCUGGUCUCGCCGAAAUGCCCAUAUGAAUCCAUGAGAGCUGCUUCCAUCAAUCUGAUCAAGGCUACAGUAGAGAGGUCAUUCACUAGGUUGGAUAAAAUUAGAGCAGAAAAUACAGUAAGGAUCAAGAUGGAUAUUACGGAUGGACAAGAGAAGGGUAGAUUGGGAUUGAAUCAAACACAGAGUCCAUUUACUAGCCCACUCCUAUUGAAGACAUUUCUUUCAUCGAUCUGGAGAUUUGAAGCGAAAGCGUUCGAACAUAGUCCACUCAAAAAUGAAAGCGCAUGGUGGGACAAGUAUGACCUGUUUAUGCAUGCGCUCAACUUUUAUUUGUUCCUCCUUUUGCGAGACUCAAGCGAAGACAACCUGACAGAGAUCUGGUUGACAUCCAAUAUCCAGGAUACACAAAAGGAAUUUAUAAAACCUUUAGCGGAGCGGGUCCUGGAGCUGAAGGAGGACUAUAUUCAACGACUGGAUAAGGUAGAGAUGGAUCAAGACCGAGUAUUCAAUGAUGAUAUAGACGAAGCUCCAUUGUCCAGGAUCAAGAGUAAGAACGGGGUGGUCAAUUUCGAUAUUGAAAUGGGGAGUGGAGAUGAUGAUGAGGAAGAGGAUCAAAGGGCUGAUGGGACACAGCGUCCAAAGGACACAGCAGAGGAUCUGAACCAAAAGAUGAUGCGUCUAGAGAUCAUGGAUGAGCUGUUAGAGAGGAUUCAGGAACAGACCCAACCCUUGACCCAGGAACAAUGACU